AAUGCUGGCGACUAAAGCCCUUCGCCUUGUUGGCAGACGUGCCAUUUCCACGUCCGUUUGUGUUCGUGGAGGACAUGGUGUUGCUAAGGCGGAGAGCUACUCUCUCCCUGUCUACUUUGACAGGCGGGAGAAUCCCCUCCCAGAUAUCUGCUAUGUGCAAAACCUGAGUCCAGAGCAGGCGUCCUUGAAGGAGAAGGAGAAGGGCUCCUGGGCUGCACUUUCUGAUGAGGAGAAGAUUGCAUUGUACCGCAUCAGCUUCAAACAGAGCUAUGCUGAGAUGACCCAGGGAUCGUCAGAGUGGAAAACUGUGGUUGGAGCGAUGAUGUUCUUCAUUGGCUUCACUGGUCUGGUUGUGCUCUGGCAGAGAAAGUAUGUGUAUGGACCCGUCCCACACACAUUUGAGCUUGAGUACAAACAGAAGGAGCUUCAAAGGGUGUUGGACAUGAGAAUGAACCCAGUGGAGGGAUUUGCAUCAAAGUGGGACUACGAAAACAAGCAGUGGAAAAAGUAAAGGACCAAAUUUGAAGAUAAAGGCAGAACAACUCAGAUAUACAAGAAUACAUAUAUUUCUGUAUUUAUCAACUGGUCACAUUACCACUGCAUUUUGGAAGGCCUCUUCCUCUUAUGGUCAUUCUGUAAUAUAGAAAUAAAAAUGGUUAAACUCAUCAAA